UGUUAAUUAGCUGGAGCAGGGUGGACACUCAUCAGCUCGGUUCUGUUAUAAAAGCCCAGGCUGCUGAAAUUAAACUCUGAUGCCAUUCAUGCCAGCAUCCAAUCACCAGAGAGACCAGAAGUUCAGAGAUGCCUUCGAGUUGCCAACAAGCGUGGCCACUAUACGUCAAGGACUCUAAAGCCUGGUAGAGGGGGAAGAACAUCUUUAGAGAGGAUGCCCAGCUGGGCAUUGGAGGAAAUGAAUUUUGAAACUUCACGGUGUGCCACCCUACAGUACUGUCCCGACCCUUACAUCCAGCGGUUUGUAGAAACCCCAGCUCAUUUCUCUUGGAAAGAAAGUUAUUAUCGAUCCACCAUGUCCCAGAGCACACAGACAAGUGAAUUCCUCAGUCCAGAGGUUUUCCAGCAUAUCUGGGAUUUUCUGGAACAGCCCAUAUGUUCAGUUCAGCCCAUUGACCUGAACUUUGUAGAUGAACCAUCAGAAAAUGGAGCAACAAACAAGAUUGAGAUUAGCAUGGAUUGUAUCCGCAUGCAAGACUCGGACCUGAGUGACCCCAUGUGGCCACAGUACACGAACCUGGGGCUCCUGAACAGCAUGGACCAGCAGAUCCAGAACGGCUCCUCGUCCACCAGCCCCUACAACACAGACCACGCGCAGAACAGCGUCACGGCGCCCUCGCCCUACGCGCAGCCCAGCUCCACCUUCGAUGCCCUCUCGCCAUCGCCCGCCAUCCCCUCCAACACCGACUACCCGGGCCCACACAGCUUCGACGUGUCCUUCCAACAGUCCAGCACCGCCAAGUCCGCCACCUGGACGUAUUCCACGGAACUGAAGAAGCUCUACUGCCAAAUUGCCAAGACAUGCCCCAUCCAGAUCAAGGUGAUGACCCCACCUCCUCAGGGCGCUGUCAUCCGUGCCAUGCCUGUCUACAAGAAAGCUGAACAUGUCACUGAGGUGGUGAAACGGUGCCCCAACCACGAGCUGAGCCGUGAAUUCAAUGAGGGACAGAUUGCCCCCCCUAGUCAUUUGAUUCGAGUGGAAGGGAACAGCCACGCCCAGUAUGUAGAAGACCCCAUCACAGGCAGACAGAGUGUGCUGGUACCUUACGAGCCACCCCAGGUUGGCACUGAAUUCACGACAGUCUUGUACAAUUUUAUGUGUAACAGCAGUUGUGUUGGAGGGAUGAACCGCCGUCCAAUUUUAAUCAUUGUUACUCUGGAAACCAGAGAUGGGCAAGUCCUGGGCAGACGCUGCUUUGAGGCCCGGAUCUGUGCUUGCCCGGGGAGAGACAGGAAGGCCGACGAAGACAGCAUCAGAAAGCAGCAGGUCUCAGACAGCACAAAGAACGGUGAUGGUACGAAGCGCCCUUUUCGUCAGAACACACAUGGCAUCCAGAUGACAUCCAUCAAGAAACGAAGAUCCCCAGAUGAUGAACUCUUAUACUUACCAGUGAGGGGCCGUGAGACGUACGAAAUGCUGCUGAAGAUCAAAGAAUCCCUGGAGCUCAUGCAGUACCUCCCUCAGCACACGAUUGAAACAUACAGGCAGCAGCAGCAGCAGCAGCACCAGCAUUUACUUCAGAAACAGACCUCGAUGCAGUCUCAGUCUUCAUACGGUAACAGCUCCCCACCUCUGAACAAAAUGAACAGCAUGAACAAGCUGCCUUCCGUGAGCCAGCUUAUCAACCCUCAGCAGCGCAACGCCCUCACUCCCACCACUAUUCCUGAUGGCAUGGGAGCCAACAUUCCUAUGAUGGGCACCCACAUGCCAGUGGCUGGAGACAUGAAUGGACUCAGCCCCACCCAGGCCCUCCCUCCCCCACUCUCCAUGCCAUCCACCUCCCACUGCACCCCCCCACCUCCGUACCCCACAGAUUGCAGCCUUGUCAGUUUCUUAGCGAGGUUGGGCUGUUCAUCAUGUCUGGACUAUUUCACGACCCAGGGGCUGACCACCAUCUAUCAGAUUGAGCAUUACUCCAUGGAUGAUCUGGCAAGUCUGAAAAUCCCUGAGCAAUUCCGACACGCCAUCUGGAAGGGCCUCCUGGACCACCGGCAGCUGCACGACUUCUCCUCGCCCCCGCACCUCCUGCGGACCCCGAGCGGCACCUCCACGGUCAGCGUGGGCUCCAGCGAGGCCCGCGGGGAGCGCGUCAUCGACGCCGUGCGCUUCACCCUCCGCCAGACCAUCUCCUUCCCGCCCCGCGACGAGUGGAACGACUUCAACUUCGACAUGGACGCGCGUCGCAACAAGCAGCAGCGCAUCAAGGAGGAGGGCGAGUGAGCGCCGGCCCCUCCCAGCCCUCCCGGCCGCCCACCCGGCCUGCUGCUCGACCCUCACGGCGCUCCCCACCCCCUUCCUCCUCGCCUGGCCUCUGAGGGGAAGGAGAAGCAAAAGGCUACAUUUUACCUAAGGUCCCACCGGGUGUCUCCUGAUUCUGAUUCUGGCUUUAAGCCUCAGCUCUAUUUGCAAGACUCAAGCUGUCCCUGAGAGGUAGAAGGGAGCGAAAGGGCGGGGAGUGUCUUCUGCAGCCGCCGAGCUCUCUCAUCGACUUUUAUAAAGCAUGUUCACUCCUAUAGUCUAAGACUAUAUAUUUAAAUAUAUAAAUAUACAGUAUAUAUUUUUGAGUGGGGGGCAUUGAGUAUUGUUUAAAAUGUAAUUUAAAGGAAAGGAAAUUGAGUUGCACUUAGUGACUUUUUUUUUUUUUUUGGGGGAUUUACUUGUUUUGGAUGGCUUAUCUAUACCCCUUCUCUCAAGGGAUAGCAUGAAUGGUAUUACCUAGUUAGAGCUUGUGAUACAUGUGAGUGACAGUCAUGCAUAGGUCCCUUCAGUUGUUUUGAUGCUAGACAGAUGCCACAUCAGACCUUUGGGUAGAUCCAGUUGUAUUGACCGUUAGUUAUCAUGUGGGUGAGACUAUAUACAUAUGUACAUGAUUCUCUAUUUUGGUGUAUUUUAUGUUACUGACACCCCUACUCGUGAUGGUGAUUCACUUUGGGGUUAUUUAAUCCAGUUACAUGGCAAAUUUCGUAUUCACAUUAUCACACACUAGAAAAAGGAAAUAUCCUCUCUUGCUUUUGGUUGGGAAUGGGGAAUAUGGGUCAUGGCUAAACUUCUUAAAAGGUCCAUGGCAGCCAAUCCAAAAACACCUGGUAUCACCUAUCUGAAUAUAUCAACAAUCCCUUCAAAUUUAAUACCAGACACCUGAUCUCUUAGUAUUUAUUGGGAAACAUGUGUGGCCUUUAUAGAAGCCUUAAACUUUCCUACCAGAUUGACUAAUUGAAUUACACAUUUGCUGCCCUUGAUACAAUUAAGGUUGAGUUGAUUGGAAUGAAUGUCAUCUACCUAGUUCUUACAGUGAAAUCAUAAUGUCUCUUAAGACUAUCCAGGAAAAGCAGAUAUUAUAUGGAAAUAUUGAAUCUCAGCGAGUCAUGAAUUGAAAUUCUUGGAAGACCUUUUGAAACAGAUAAUAUUAUUUGGUAAAUGUUUCUUUUACAGACCCUCCUAUUCUGUGAAAUUCUGCAUGUACAGGCUUGUUUAUCUUUCUCUCUUCAGGGUUUAAAAUAGGAAUAGUGAUUUGGAAAAUAUAAAAUUAUGACAUUUGUUUUUCUCUGUGGCAGCAGUUAUAUCACUGUAUCACUUUUCUUAUUUGAUCAAUGAAAGUUUCACUUUGUUGGAAAGUAACUGUGAGAACCCAAUUCCUCACCCAUCUCUCUUCUGGACUGUGCAUAGACAUAAAAAUGUCCCCACAGUUCAGGGGAUAAGCCUACCGUGGGAGCUGUUGCUAGAACCACAUAAACAAAGAAUUGUCCUCAAAGUUUGGGAAAACAUGACAAUAUUCCCCUAAAUAUUUCAGAAACCUACUUUGUAGCAAAUGUUUUUUUCAAACUAUAAAACAAAUAUUUUGUAUAUAUGCUAAUGAGCUGUAAAAUCCCCUUGUACUUUCUGGUAAAGGGCUAUCAUUGCACAUAAGCUUCCAUUUUUAUUUUAAAGUGCAAAAAGGGCUAAUGUGGCUCUAAAAUAUAAUGUAUGUGUUUCAUCUAAAAGUGUAUAUAUGUUUUGUGUAUGAAAUUACAUAUUUUGUGUUUCAAUUUUUUUUUUUCUUUUUGGGAUAGCGGGUUUUUCAGAACCACAAUGGGAACAUUUUAUUAUUAUUGUUUUUAUAUUUUCAUGGAAAUACCAGUUAGUAAAACUAAAAGGUCAAAUAAGAAGAAAAAAAAAGACAUAACUAAGAUGGGGGGAAGGGAAAGUUGUUGUUUUUUAUUAUUUUUAUUUUGUAUGUUAAAGAGAGUGAGUCCUUGAUUUCAAAGUUUCAUUGUGCUUCUGUGGUAAUAAGCACUGUUAACUUGUGGAACAAGCAGGCAGCUUUGACACCUGUUAAGGGAAAGAAUGAAAGCUGUGCCUUGGCAAAGCUAGGAGGACAAAUGGCUUCCUCUACUGUCCUGAGUGUUUGAGUAAACUUAAGGACUUCUGAGCUGUUUCAGCACUAUUCAGAUGGCACUAGGGACUCAGAAAUUCCUGUACUGUAUCUCAUGGGUUUGGCAUUAGCCAAGUCUAGGUGCAACUACUGGCCUCACAUCCUGGUGGAAACUUAUGCUCUUUGAGUGUAUGAGUAGCUAGGACAAUGGGGUGAAAGAAUAUUAAGGGCACGCAAGUGGGAGUGGGCUUAAUGUCCCCACAGUUCAGGGGAUAAGCCUGGUGGCCUUGUGGCAAAUGGAUAAGUUUUUGUUUGGAGGUGAUGGGAAACAGAAAUGGAGAACAGAACUUUCUUCAUUAAAUCCAUUUACAUUUGUUUUCUUGAUAUCCCCCCAACAUACAAUAUGUGGGAUGUUGAAUGUUAAGGGUUUUUUUUUAUUAUUUUUAUAAUUGUACAAAAAUUAGUAAAUGUCAAAUGUUUUAUAUACUUUAUUAAUGUUUUUGAAAGAUUCUUUCUUAUAGAUGUGAUACUUUUUUUUAAGCUUCAGUUGCUUGUCUUUUGGUAUUUUGUAUUAUGGGCUUUUGGUGAGCCAGAGGCAAAUCUACAAGCCACUUGUGUUUACCAGGACAUGCAAUAAAAUUUAAAAAUAAAUAAAAAUGCAUUGAGAAAUGA